AAACUGCACAACCCCUCCGUGUCGUAAAAACAAGCCGACGGUAUUUUCAUGCGGCAAAGGCAGGUGAGCUGAGGCUGAGAACGCAUUCGGUGGAGACUCAACAGUCGGUUCAGGUACAGACCGGAGUCAGAAGAAUAAAUUAAUCAGUGGGGUGCGUGCGCCGUGCGUCAUGUGCUGCAAGAAGAACUGGCCAGAGCGCUGAAUUGAUCAGUGGCUCAUUAUAGCUUAGCUUGCCAGCUGAUCGGAGCUAAUUUCGUUCGGCUUGUGUUUCACAAGCUGAUAUCCUGCGAGCCCCCACCCCACACUCGCCCUCAACUGCCUCCUCCCCCUCUUUUUUUCUUCAGGGGCGCUUGACGGAGAGUAACGAGGCUAACAGACAGCUCAACAUUGGCAGAAAUAAGGAAUAGAGGGAUCCGAGUGUUCUCACGAACGGAUUGCCCUCACACUCGGGGAAGAUGAACAGAUCCUACGCGGCCCAGAGCCCAGUGCAGGGGAACACAAGCGGCAAUGGGAACCCGGAGAUGUCGCCGUAGUCCCCUCGCGACUGAUGCUUCUACUUUCUGUCACGGUGUGUCCCUUCAUUGGAUUUUAUGACGGUUGGAUUGGUUCUUUUGCACUGAAAUGCCAGUGAUAGCUCUGGCGAAAAGGAUGACACCUUACCAGUGAGCAAAAAACAAACAAACAAUCGAUACUUGUGAGACCUGUUAUUGCAUCCGAAUAAUUACCUGUGUCGUGAAGAAGAGGGAAACGGAAUUAACAUCAGAUAUCGCACAUCUCUCCGUAGCUGAGAUGCAAAUACAUGCGAGUAAACGUGAGCGCGAGGUGACCGAAGGCAGAUUAUAGCUACACCGUGCCAAAUAUUGCGGAUGUUGCGAAAUAAAUAAUUAAUCAUUUUUAUCCUAUUUUUUCCCCGUUUUAAAUAGAUAUGGAUACUGUAAUCAUCAAAACUGAACUCGGAUGAUUGUUUUAAAUGUUUCCAUUUUUGUUCACUUGGUUAGCCAUCACACCUAGAUCGUAUAAAUGAUUGUAGCUAUGAUAAUUGCAACCUGAAUUUCCAAGGAAAAGCGCGGAUGAGAGACAGUUCUGGAAAAUAUGAGGAUGGAGCCACAGAAAACGAGAGAUUUAGCCAAGAAUUGCAUGGCCGUGGAAAUAUGUUGAUUGUGGACAUAAAAUGAGGUGAUGAUGGACCAUUUUGUGUGUUGAAGUGGGCAACGAACCUGUGAACUACAAAAUAUAAGGCGCGCUUUUUUUGUUCGAUUUUUUUUGUUUGUUUGUUUUUGUUGUUGUUUUUUUUGUUCGUUUUCUUUUUAGUUUGCUUAAAAUCUAACCAUCAAGCUCCUGGAGCGUAACAUCGCAUAUAAAAGCCAUGAAGACAAAUGUGUACUCCAGUUAUACACGUAUUAAGUUUUGAAGCAGAUGGGAUGUAAUGUGGUGUGGUCGCGUUGAAUAUUCGCCCCCUUUUUUCCUGCUUCGUGAAGACUGGCAUUUGGUGUCUAUAGAAUGGCUCGGUUCGGAGAUGAGGUGCCGUCCAGGUAUGGCGGAGGACCGGGACACGCUCAAGGGGGACCCGGCCGCGGCGGCAGCAGGCAGGGCGGCCCGCCGGGUGGUCAACCGAGAGUGUACAAGCAGUCAAUGGCCCAGCGAGCCAGAACUAUGGCCCUGUACAACCCUAUACCGGUGCGGCAAAACUGCUUCACUGUCAACCGAUCUCUGUUCAUCUUCAGUGAGGACAACUUCGUGAGAAAAUACGCCAAAAAGAUCACCGAAUGGCCUCCAUUUGAGUACAUGAUCCUGGCUACCAUCAUUGCUAACUGCAUCGUCCUGGCCCUGGAACAGCAUCUUCCAGAUGGGGACAAGACACCUAUGUCAGAGCGCUUGGAGGACACCGAACCCUACUUCAUCGGCAUUUUCUGUUUUGAGUCAGGCAUUAAGAUCUUGGCUUUGGGCUUUGCCUUCCACAAGGGCUCGUACCUACGCAAUGGCUGGAAUGUCAUGGAUUUUGUAGUGGUGCUUACUGGAAUCCUGUCCACAGUGGGCACAGACCUUGAUCUGAGGACGCUGCGUGCUGUUCGAGUGUUGAGACCCCUCAAACUGGUGUCUGGGAUUCCCAGCUUGCAGGUUGUGCUUAAAUCCAUCAUGAAGGCUAUGAUCCCUCUGCUGCAGAUCGGUCUGCUGCUCUUCUUUGCCAUCCUCAUGUUCGCCAUCAUUGGUCUUGAGUUCUACAUGGGCAAAUUUCACACCACUUGCUUUGACAACAUCACUGAUGAGAUACGAGAGGAGUUUCCAUGCGGAAAUGACACUAACGCUCGGACCUGUCCUAAUGGAACAGUAUGUAAAAAGUACUGGAUUGGACCCAACUAUGGUAUUACCCAGUUUGACAACAUCCUGUUUGCCGUGCUCACAGUCUUCCAGUGCAUCACCAUGGAGGGCUGGACUGACCUGUUAUACUAUAGCAAUGAUGCUUCAGGGAGUGCAUGGAACUGGAUGUACUUCAUCCCCCUCAUCAUCAUCGGCUCCUUCUUCAUGCUCAAUCUUGUGCUGGGUGUGCUGUCAGGUGAGUUUGCCAAAGAAAGGGAGCGUGUGGAGAACAGGAGAGAGUUUCUUAAGCUGAAGCGUCAGCAGCAGAUAGAGAGAGAGCUGAACGGAUAUCUGGAGUGGAUCUGCAAAGCAGAAGAAGUGAUUUUGGCUGACGAGGACCAUGACCCAGAUGACCGGAUGCCCUUUGACGGCUCGCGAAGGAGGCCUACCAUCAAGAAGAAUAAAGCAGACUUGCUCGAUGCAGAGGAUGGAGAUGGAGAUAUAGUGUGA